GAAAAUAUAAGGUCACGAAACAAAACAUUCCAUAAACAUUUCAUACUUACUACCGUAGUUUUAAAAUCAUAUCAAUUCCAAACCGGCAUAAGAAUGAACAACAUACUUGUCGGUGAUAAUGACCAGCAAUUAUCUGCACAUUUAAGCCAUUUAUUAGAAGAAACUUCCAAAAAAGCGAUUCAAGAAAGAAAUAUAUUCACUAUCGGAGUUUCAGGAGGAUCCGCUAUAAAGUUUUUAACUGAUGCCAUCAUCUUAUUGGGCGAUAACGACCUAACAAAAUGGAAAUUUUUCUUUUGCGACGAACGCGUUGUUCCAGUAUCAAGCGAAGAUUCCAAUUUCGGAGCGUACAAAACUGAAUUAAUUGCUAAAACUAAUUUAAAAGAGGAUCAAUUUGUAAGGAUUAAAGAAGGAGUGGAAGCUGAUGAAGCGGCUGUCGACUAUGUCCAACAGAUGGAGCAAUAUUUUCCAACCGGAAAGUUUCCAGAAUUCGAUUUUUUAAUGCUUGGAAUGGGCCCAGAUGGACACACAUGUUCACUUUUUCCAGGGCAUAAAUUAUUAGAGGAAGAUAAACUUUGGGUGGCAUCUAUUGUAGAUUCACCUAAACAUCCUCCUCAGAGGAUUACUUUAACUCUUCCAGUUUUAAACAAUGCAAGGAAUUGUUGUUUUGUUAUUAAAGGAAUGGAUAAAGCUGAUAUGGUGAAGAAAGUAUUUGUGGAUAAGGAUCAAAACCUACCAGCAGCUAGAGUACAACCAAACUCAGGAAUGUUGCAUUUAAUAAUACAAAAUGGACUGUUAAAUUAAAUAGGAUUUUAUUUGAUCACUUGUAUAAAUACAGUCAAUAAUAUAAUAAAUACAAGUUUAAUAAAAUAUUAAGUACAUCACA